GCUAGGUAGCUCGAGGGCCGGUCGGGACUAUCGCCCUACCCGAAUGGUGAUGAAUCCACCGCGAGCUCGGUGAUUUUGUUAGGAGAUGAACAAGUAUAAGAGGACUGUUAGUCUCCUCUCUUUGGCAUCAAUUCUCUUUCCUUUCUCCAGCAUCCAACAGCCACUCAGAUUCAGACAAGACUCGAACCAAAACACACUCACACGUCCCCCACAAGACAAUAAAACACUUGGUCUCUUUCGACAACAAAAAACAAACAAACAAACAAACCAAAACCGCCAAAAUGCGCUUCUCCACCAUCUUCAUCGCUGCCGCCUCGGUCAUGGCUGUCCAGGCUGCCUCCACCACCUCGGUAUCAAAGGCCGCCGCCACCACUCCCGCCAAGACAUCGGCGACCCCAACUUCCACCGCGCCUGCCAAGAAGGCCGCUGGUGCCCACGUCGCUCCCGGCGCCGCUCUGGGUCUUGCUGGUGUUGCCAUGCUCCUGGUCUAA